AUGAAUUUGCAUCAAGGUAAGAACGAAUCACUCUGGGAGUAUAUGAAUCGUUUUACCAAAGAAGCCUUGAAAGUCCCAGACCUUGAUCAGAAGUUGAAGGAUGAAAUUGAGUUUUUGAUCAGAAGAGGCAAGUUAUCCAAAUUUACCAAAGAUGGAGACAAAAAUUAUCGGGACAAUGACAGCCGUGGAAGAGACAAUGAUGACAAGAGAACCCAGCCUCGAGGGCCUGUGAUUAACGUGAUCUCCGGAGGGCCUACAGCUGUAGGAACCUCAAGUAAUUCACGGAAAGCUUAUGCGAGGGAAGUAAUGAGUAUAGUUGGAGAACCCCCGAAGCGAGCAAAAAUUGACUAUGCAAUGGCAUUCGAUAACGUUGACCUCGAGAAGGUAAAAUUUCCCCAUGAUGACCCCUUAGUAAUUACACCAGUGAUUGGAAACUCGUCCGUAAAGAGAGUGCUCAUUGAUAAUGGAGCCUCAGUGGAUAUUUUGUUCUAUGAUGCCUAUGAAAAGAUGGGAUACUCCGAUACUCAACUGACACCCUCGGAUAUGCCUAUAUAUGGCUUCAACAAUGUGGAAACCAAGAUUGAAGGCAUGAUCCAACUCCCUGUAACUAUGGGUACCGAACCUAGACAAGCCACAUGCAUGAUAAAUUUCUUGGUUGUUAAAGCUUCGUCGACCUAUAAUGCCAUCCUUGGAAGGACCGGGAUACACGCUUUUAAGGCAAUCCCGUCCACUUACCACAUGAAGAUUAAAUUCCCGACUAUGAACGGAAUUGGAGAAGAAUUAGGAGAUCAGAAAAUGGCCCGAAGCUGUUAUAUUGGGGCAUUAAGAUCUGGAGGAGCCGGGGGGCAAGAAGAUUUGAAACAAGAGCUUGUGAGGUUCUUGAGGAACAACCGUGAUGUUUUCGCUUGGACAGCGGCUGAUAUGCCAGGUAUCGAUCCCUCAUUCAUGACCCAUAAGUUGAAUGUAAACCCCGAGAGGAAACCUAUUAAGCAGAAGAAAAGGAACUUCGCCCCUGAAAGGCAAGAAGCCAUUAAACAGGAGGUCGAUAAGUUGUUGGAAGCGGGUUUUAUCGAAGAAAUACAAUUUCCAGAAUGGUUGGCCAACCCUGUUAUGGUCAAGAAAGCUAAUGGGAAGUGGAGGAUGUGUGUAGACUUCACUGACCUAAAUGACGCUUGCCCGAAGGAUUGUUUCCCCCUUCCAAGAAUUGAUACACUGAUAGAUGUCACUGCUGGCCAUGAGAUGCUGAGUUUCAUGGAUGGCUUCAGCGGAUAUAAUCAGAUCCGGAUGAACAAGGACGAUGUACCCAAGAAUGCAGGAGCAACAUACCAACGCCUUGCAAACAAGAUGUUUAAGCAUCUGAUUGGUAAGAUUAUGGAGGUAUAUGUAGACGAUAUGUUGGUGAAAAGCUUGAACUAA